GCCGCUCUUGUCCAGACUCCUAACGCCUACCUAUAGGCUGUCGCUGCCAGGAUAGCUUAUAAGCGUGAUGUGAUCCGUUGUGGUCUACUCAAUAUCGUCGCCUUAGAAUCUUAUGCUGCAUGCGAUCAAACAAGAGUAGGCUCGUCGACAGAUUUCCGCAUCAUGUCGGAGCCCUCUGGAGUAGUACCAUCUAGCCGGAGGACUCGAGGGAGGCUCCUGAACCUCCUCUUCACCGUCUCAUUGGCCAUCAUCAGUCUUGCUUGCUACAUCCUGCUCAUCAUGCUCUACGUUCGGCCAGAGCUGUACCAUAUUCCAUCCCUCGUCUAUGUGGUCGGCUCGUCAUCCAUCAAGCCCACCGUGGCCGUUGGCCUGAUCACCGCCGUCCUCGCUGCCGCCACGUCAGCUUUGAUCACCCGCUGCGUUGAGCACUCUCUGUGGCUCAAGCUCGCGCCUCGUCAUGUUCGGCGCCCCCUGACUGGGCGCGAGACCAGGCACCUUGCCCAAUGGAGCGUAUCCCCUCUGGCGAGGCUCACCUAUGCUGUCAACGGCCGAUUCUGGCUCGUCAAGAUGAGCGGCUUGCUGCUCCUCGCCGUUUCCAUCAUGAGUCCUGUCCUCCUGGUUGGCAUUUCGCAGACGGACCUUGUCGAGGUCUCUUACACUACCACCUCCCACGUGGAGGACUAUUGGGCACCCUGGAUCAACAGGGGAAAUUAUCGUUCCCGUGGAGGCAGCGCCGGCGAUCUCACGUUUGGCAUGGCCGUGCAAGCCUCCAAUGGAAAUUUCGCCCCACCGGUCGCUCCAGUGUGCAGCAACGACUCCUGCAGUGUGUCGACCACCUCGCCUGCUCUCCUUGCUACCUGCGACGCCCGCGCGAUGGCCAACACCAAGGGAAUGGGCCUGCCGGUGUGCGACCUCGGAAGCACGGUAGAGUCGGACAUGGUCACCGACUUCUGCAGCAGCAUUGUUCCGUCCAUGUGCGUCAAUUUGACGUGCGGCGCCCCGUCCGUCUAUGCCAACUUCAAGACUGGGCUGGACUACACCUGCGAGUCUGGCUCGGGCGACUCCUCCAGUCCUACUGCAUGCCUGGACUCUCCCGGAUCAUGGUCUGUUAUUUUUGGAGCCUGGGUAGGCGGCGUAGACUUUGGUGUCGGCAACAAAGACCUCAUCAACACGGUCAGCUGCCUGGUCCAAUACGGCAACGUCACCAUCACCCAGACAGGCGAGAACCCCCCACAAUUGGAUCGAGGCUCGUUCAAGAGGUCCCCCUAUCUCCUGGGCAACUACUCGUCCCCGAUAUCAGGUGUGCGCACGUUCACGUGGGGCGAAAACAGCGCGACAACGCCAUACUCCUUCACUCUCCGAGUUGUGGGCACGGGCUUCAACGACAUGUACCAGGAGCCCUUUGCUUCGGGAUUGCUAGGUGACGACGCAUCCAACGACGCCGAACAUGUCGCACGCCAGAUUGAGCAGAACUUUGACUGGGCAACAAUGGGGGCCUUUGCGAGGAUGCCCAACGCCAGUGACGUGGUGACAACGAACCGCACCGCCACCAGGGUAUACGUGUACAACCAGCUCGUGCUCUUGAUCCUUCUGGCGCCCUUCUUGGCAUCGAUAAUGGGCACGUGGGGUCGAUGGAAGGUCGGCUCCGACGAUGAUGUUCCCGGAUAUGAUCCCGCGGCGAUAGCUGCACGCGGUCCAGUAGAGGGUGUUUCGCCCACUGUGUUGGUCGCGAGGCACGGGUACAGGAAAGCCUGCGAUAAACUGCGAUUGGUAGGCUUCGAGGAGUCUGUAGUAGACCCGUCCACAGGACAGCGCAGCGCACGACUUCGCUUACUAGCUCAGUAGUAAGUGUUUUACUCUCAGAAGUCUUUGGUCACGCUAAUUAUGCACAUCGUUCUUAAUAGCUAGUUUUAAU